UCCACGCAGCAAGAGCCGAUCGAUCAUUGUCCAAGUCUCCAAGCGAUCAGCUAGCUGACUUGACGACGCUGCGAGCAGCGGCAGCAAGAGAGCAGCAGCACAAAGGGUUCCCCUUUCACAAGUGUCCGGCCGGCUGCACGUAGGCCAUGGGGAAGCAAAUGGCCGCCCUGUGUGGCUUUCUCCUCGUGGCGUUGCUCUGGCUCACGCCCGACGUCGCGCACGCGCAGACGCAGAUCCUCUUCCAGGGUUUUAACUGGGACUCGUGGAAGAAGCAGGGUGGUUGGUACAACAUGCUCAAGGACCAGGUGGGCGACAUCGCCAGCGCCGGCGUCACGCACGUCUGGCUCCCACCUCCCACGCACUCCGUCUCGCCUCAAGGCCAGCAAGCCAUGCAUCUCCUUCAUCUCGUUACGCUUCUCUUUGUAGCAUGCUACAUGCCGGGACGGCUCUACGACCUGAACGCGUCCAAGUACGGCACCAAGGCGGAGCUCAAGUCGCUCAUCGCCGCCUUCCACGCCAAGGGCAUCAAGUGCGUCGCGGACAUCGUCGUCAACCACCGCUGCGCCGACGACAAGGACGGCCGCGGCGUCUACUGCAUCUUCAAGGGCGGCGGCCCGCGCGGCUGCCUGGACUGGGGCCCCUCCAUGAUCUGCUGCGACGACACGCAGUACUCCGACGGCACGGGCCACCGCGACACCGGCGCCGACUUCGCCGCGGCGCCCGAUAUCGACCACCUCAACCCGCUCGUCCAGCGGGAGCUCUCCGACUGGCUCAGGUGGCUCAGGAGGGAUGUCGGCUUCGACGGCUGGCGCCUCGACUUCGCCAAGGGCUACUCGGCGGCCGUCGCCAGGACGUAUGUCCAGAACGCCAGGCCGAGCUUCGUCGUGGCGGAGAUAUGGAACUCCCUGAGCUACGACGGCGACGGGAAGCCGGCGGCCAACCAGGACGGCCAGCGGCAGGAGCUCGUGAACUGGGUGAAGCAGGUUGGCGGCCCGGCGACGGCGUUCGACUUCACGACCAAGGGCAUCCUGCAGUCGGCGGUGCAGGGCGAGCUGUGGCGGAUGCGGGACAAGGACGGCAAGGCGCCGGGCAUGAUAGGCUGGUAUCCCGAGAAGGCCGUCACCUUCGUCGACAACCACGACACCGGCUCGACGCAGCGGAUGUGGCCAUUCCCGUCUGACAAGGUCAUUCUGGGCUACGCCUACAUCCUCACCCACCCAGGAGUACCAUGCAUCUUCUACGACCACGUGUUCGACUGGAACCUCAAGCAAGAGAUCAACGCGCUGGCGGCGACGAGGAAGCGCAACGGGAUAAACGCCGGGAGCAAGCUGCGCGUCCUGGCGGCGGAGAGCGACAUGUACGUGGCGAUGGUCGACGAGAGGGUCAUCACCAAGAUCGGGCCGAGAAUAGACGUGGGCAACAUAAUCCCGUCGGACUUCCACAUCGUGGCUCAUGGCAAUGACUACUGCGUCUGGGAGAAGAGCGGCCUUAGAGUCCCAGAACCAGAAGGUCGGCGCUAGAAACGGCUCGCAAGCUAGCUACACAGUUCUUAAUAACUUGGUCGCAAAAAAAAAGUUCUUAAUAAUUUGUACGAGAAAUGUUCGUUUCUGUUUGCAUAUAUAGCUUAUGAAAUCUUACCAAUAUAUACUGCUCUGUUUUCUAUAGUUCA